AUGACUAUAAAUCUGCCUUCUGCUGGCUCAGUUAUCUUUUUUGCUGAAGCCAACGAUAGUAUAGCAAAACUAUUCGAAGAUAUUCGAAGAGAGGAUCUAAACAUCAAUAAGCUCGAAUGUCUGUAUGAAGAAAGCAAUUCUUAUGUCUCUCACUGUACACAGGUUAAAGAUUUAAUCAGAAAUAAGGUAUCUUUUGUUAUAGAGGACAAAAUCUAUAAACUAAAAACUGUCGACUCAGCGUUGAAUUCGUAUCAUCAUAUGACGUCAGAUAAUUUUAUUCAAGUUAAUGAUAUUAGAGAUGUAGUUCAUCAAAUGUAUCUCUGUGCACUUCGAAAAAAGGUGGAAAAAGAUUCUCGUUAUUGUAUUUCGAUAGAGGAAUAUUUUAGCUGGUCAGAAGAUCUAAGAAUUAGUCGAAACCAGGCUAUGCUUUUGUUAAGGGGUAUGCACCAAGCUGGCCUGAUUUUCUAUUUUGAGUCGAACCCUAGGUUUAACAAGUACAUUUUCAACAAAACUGAUGUCAUUAUUUCCAGCCUAGCCGGCGCCCUCGGAUCUGAAUUGUCUUCUCAAGAAAAAGUAAGAAAAAAUACAGAACUAAGGCAAAUAGAAGCGGAAAUCUCAAAUUUAGAUGUACAGAAAAAAAAAUACGAUAUAAUUGCUAAAAGGCGAGCAAAAUGUUGGCUAUGGAGUGGUUUCGUAUGCCUGACUAUGCAAUUUAGUGUAUUAGCACGUAUGGUCUGGAUUGACUUUAACUGGGAUAUUAUCGAACCUAUUACUUAUUUCAUCAACUUUUCAGCGACAAUACUCGCAUUUACAUUUUUUUUCAAAUCGAAGGAAGAUUAUACGUAUUCAGCACUGGAAAAAAAAAUUAUCGAUAGAACUCUGAGGAAGCUUUAUAUCAAAAAUCGCUUUAAUUGGACAGAAUGGCACAAUCUUGAUAAAAAGCGAACUGAGCUCCGAGAGUACUUGAAGCGAGGUUCUGAAUUAUAG